AUGUCGAUUAAUGGUGUAAGGUCCCCAGUGGCUCUCAACAGCCAGCUCUUGCCAAGCAUGUGCAUAGCGAGAAAAGGUGGAAAGAAGGUCCUUCAGAAGCUUGGGAAAGCAGAUGAAACAAAAGAUGAGCAGUUUGAACAGUGUGUGCAGAACUUCAACAAACAGCUGUCUGAAGGCACAAGGCUGCAGAAGGACCUCCGAACUUACUUGGCUUCCGUAAAAGCCAUGCACGAGGCCUCCAAGAAGCUGACAGAGUGUUUGCAGGAAGUUUAUGAGCCGGAUUGGCCUGGGAGAGAUGACACAAAUAAAAUAGCAGAGAACAAUGAUCUCCUCUGGACGGAUUUCCAUCAGAAGCUGGUGGAUCAGGCACUUCUGACCAUGGAUACAUAUCUUGGCCAAUUUCCAGAUAUUAAAUCUCGUAUAGCAAAGCGAGGAAGGAAGCUUGUGGAUUACGACAGUGCCAGACACCACUUUGAAGCCCUGCAGACUGCAAAGAAGAAGGAUGAAACAAAAAUUGCCAAGCCUGUUUCGCUGCUUGAGAAAGCUGCGCCUCAGUGGUGUCAAGGGAAGCUACAAGCUCACCUCGUUGCACAAACUAAUCUGCUCCGAAAUCAGGCUGAAGAAGAGUUAGUAAAGGCUCAGAAGGUCUUUGAAGAGAUGAAUGUUGAUCUGCAGGAGGAGCUGCCUUCGCUAUGGAAUAGUCGUGUUGGUUUCUACGUCAACACAUUCCAGAGUAUAGCAGGCCUAGAAGAGAACUUCCAUAAAGAAAUGAGCAAGUUGAACCAAAAUCUCCAUGAUGUCCUGCUGGGUCUAGACAAGCAGUACUCAGGCAAUGCCUUCCCCGUUAAAGCACAGCCCAGUGACAGCACCCCAGCGAAAGCAAAUAAAAGCCCCUCACCUCCACCAGAUGGAUCUCCCAUCACCAGCCCUGAGACCAAGACUGUCAACCAUGAGCUGGAACCGUCCACUUUGGAAGCACCCGGGGCAAGCAUCCCAAAGUCACCAUCUCAGUUGAGGAAAGGGCCUCCGGUGCCUCCGCCUCCAAAAGUCACCCCCUCCAAGGAGAUCAAGCAGGAGAACAUCAUCAGUCUGUUUGAUGACAAUUUUGUCCCUGAGAUAAGUGUGACAACCCCUUCGCAGUUUGAUGCCCCUGGGCCCUUCCAGGAGGGAGCCAGCCUAUUGGAUCUGGAUUUUGAUCCCAUUAAACCAGAUGCCACUGUGGGGAAGACCCCCACACCCGCCUCCCAGUCUUUACCUUGGGAUUUAUGGGAGCCUGCAGAAGCAGCCCAUGCAAGAGCUGAAGCAGCUGGAUCAGAAGCAGCAGCUGGAGCUGAAGCAACUAAAAAUGAAGCUGAUGCAGGAUCGAGCUCUCUGCCUGCUGUUGUUGUGGAAACUUUCCCUGCUACCGUCAAUGGCACUGUGGAAGGAGGCACUUCAUCUGAAAGAGCUGACAUGCCCCCAGGUUUUCUGUUCAAGGUCCAGGCCAUGCAUGAUUACACGGCCACUGACAGUGAUGAGCUGCAGCUGAAGGCUGGGGAUGUGGUGCUUGUGAUUCCAUUUGAGAACCCUGAGGAGCAGGACGAAGGAUGGCUGAUGGGCGUGAAGGAGUCCGACUGGAUCCAGCAUAAGGAACUUGACCAAUGCCGAGGGGUUUUCCCAGAGAAUUUCACAGAGCGAGUGCAGUGAAAGCCCAAGCCCCCCAGCUGCAUUUCUGCUGGAAGAAAGCAAGUUUUCUGGUAGAUAAUUGGAAAAGAACAGCAAAAUGAAGCGAAGAGAGAAUUUUAAAGGAACAGAAGUCUGCGAAAACAGUCAAUUUAAAGGGUGUGUUCUCAAAGGAUGAGGUUUCAGAAGUAAAUUGAAAUUCGAAGUGUUACCAAAAUAUAUAUGUAUUAAUAAUAAGGCAAGUCAAAUACCCUCUCCCCCCUUUGGUUUUAACAGCAUUUGGAUUCAGAGGACUGAUGCAGAAGCAACUCAGUGUAGUUCUCUAAAUACUGCAUUGACUGAAUUGGCGAGAUAGUCUGAUCCCUGGAAAGGCAGUAUUUGUCUAAUAGCUUGAGAGUAGAAGCUGCAUUUGCUCUUGGGUGGGUUCAUCUGUUUUGUCUUGAAGGUGGCUUGCAUGGCAACCAUAAAAAUUCAGCCUUCCCUAUGUGUUCAACCUGAAAUAGGCCAAAUUUUCUGUUAUGCUGUUUAAAAAAAAAAAAACAACUUAGUGUAUAGUGUUCACCAAUACAGUGUGUGUGUGUGUAUUUUAUUUUCUUCCUUUAAAACAAUGUUACACAAACUGUGAUUUUGUACAUGUAAAGUUAAAAGAAACUAUAUGGAAAGGGCAUGGAGAAGGUGAAGUGUGUGAAGCUGUGCUCAGUCCAAAGUUCUUUUGAAUGCAGACACCUAUAUUCUCGCAGUAGUAUUGGCCUGUGAAAUGCUAAGGGGAGUGGACAAAUUCAAGAGGUGAAACAAGACAAAACAAGCAGAUGAUAUUUAGAUGGCUCUGCAGUUUGGGAGAGGGAAUUCUCUGCCCUCAAAAUCCUGUAGGUGGUUUCAGAAAAGCUUAAUUUGUGUAGAUGGAAGGUAGCUCUAAAAUCUGAGUGGUUAGAAAAUCUGCUUUUAAAGAAAGAGAUAAAGGAAGAAUUGUUUGUUGUUUUUUUUUUCCUGAAAGAAUGUCUAAGGAAAAACACUGAGGAAAAACCAAUUUGCUUUCUGUGUUUUUAAUUGGCAUUGUUAUUCGUGGAAUUGUAUUUCUUAUUUUCCUUUGAAGACUUCUGUAAGUGAAAUAUUGUUAGAUCAGCUUUAUCCAGUGCUGUGCUGGUGAUCAAGUUAACCUCUACAAAAACUGGACUUUUGAAAUUUUGAAAUAUUUAAAAUGGAUGCAUGACUUCAUGAUAUUUUAAUGCAUUAGAAAGGAAGGCAAGAAUAUCCAAGUGUCAGUGUCAAGAAGACACUCUGCAGUCUAAUACUGAUGCUGAGACCUUUCAUAUGCCUUUUCUUUGUUCCUGUUUGUUUUUGAGUUUUGGUUUUUAGUUUAAACAAGCAGAUGAUAAGGCUGUUUCAAAGUGCAUAUUACACUUGUUAAAAUAAGCUGGUCUGACCCUCCAAGACUCUAAAGUCCCACAAAGGUACUUUAAACUUUACUUGAAUACUGAUGCAGCUGGCAAGCAGGUCGGGCUAUUAGAAUUUUUUUAUGGCUUUCCCCCCCUACCACCUCCCUCCCUGAUCUUUUUGCCGUGAAGGGAUUUUUAACAGUGAGGUUCCCUCCUGCUGUAAAGGGACAGGAUCAUUCUCUGAAAUAAUCUUCCUAACUGUUAGGAGCUGGCUUUUGUCAAAGAUGCAUGGAAUGCUGACACACACUACUGAAGGGUUCCACCUUUUCCAAUCGUUUUUGAUUAUUUGUAUGACAACAGAAAAAACAUUGUAGGGCAAAAGUGGAUAUUUUUUUAAAUUUUAGUUCAGAGGGAUGGAUUACUUUGAUUAGAAAAUAUAUUCUUACAAAUGCAAAAACUGCUGGAGUUUCCUCCUGUUUGCCAUGUGAGAGAUAAUCUGUGCUAGUUAUUUACAGCAAUGUAACAACCAUCAAAAUCUGUUCUAUAUACCCAAAUCCCUUCUCCUUUUUUUUUUUUUUUUUUUUUUUAAAUGAACAUGCAGGAAUUUCUAUUUUACAUCACUGUUACAAAAGCCAAUAGUAUUUAGGAGUAACUGCUCACAAUACAGAAGGACUGGACUCCGCAAGUUAUAGUAUGGUGAGCUGUUGCUUUAGAAUACUGCCCUGUUUGAUUUUUUUCUUUCUUUCUCUUUUGUGGGGUUGUCUUUAUUAUUACUCUUUUUUUCUCCCCAAAAUAUCUAUUUUUAUGCAUUUGUGACUCCCAUUACUCCUUUAAAGAAUAUUGAUAGAAAAAAAAAUAUACAUUUAAAUAUACAUAGAAAUAUAUAUUAAAAAGCAGGUUGAUCCAAUUAACAUAAUGCUGUCAUCUUAAAAUGUUUAUUUUUAUGCAAAACCUGUGGAUUAUUAUUUUUUUUUAAAAAGAGAAGAUUCGAAGUACCAGAGCUGUGAUUUUUUUGUCUUGCAAGUAAUUGUUCUAGAGCAUUUAGAAAGCUGUGCUGAUACCUAAUUUAUUGUGGGGUUUUUUGCUGUUUUUGUUGUUGUCUUCUGCUGUGUUUGAACCAGAUGACUGUCCCAACAAAGAUCCUUGUAAGGCCUUUUCAUUUUAUUGAGCUUGCAAAGCAACUAUCCAGUACUGUAUUGUCCCUGCAGAAGUGGUAACACUCUGCAAAAAAGGGAUGUUGUUUUCAGGUCAUAUGAGUGAUGCUCAAAUAUUGCUAGUGGGGAGUAUGUUGUGUGUCUCUCCAUUUGCUUCCCCCCAACCCCCAAAGCCCUUUCUUAGAGCAGGUAGGAUGGGUUACCUGGGUCUUGCAUUGCUUGCAAAUAAGUGGUGUCAGCACAUCUCAGAUUCUGAAAAUGCAGGAUUUGUGGGACCCACAGUUUAUGAAUUGCCUUAUAUGAGAGUAGGAUGGCAUAGCAGGAAGCUUGUAGGUGGCAGUAUUUUUUGGAGCCAGGAGAUCUCUUUAUUUCCUGGGCCAUGUUCAGCCCCUUGUUAACAACCACAACUCCUUCCAUUUUCAGUAUUUUUACAUCUGCUAAAAUACCUUGAUUCUGGUUGGUAUUACCUGGCGAAGCAAAUUUAGCAUUUUCUUUGGCUUAGAACUGAUUCAAAUAGAAAGAGGGACAGUAAACUCCCAAGUAGGCUGUGCCCACCGUGAUUUUUUUCAGUUUGCAGGCUGAACUGAAAAGAGUUGUAAGGGUGACCUGAGACAGUUGUUUUUCUCAGUGGAAUGAAAAAG